UGGGCUGUAAGGGAAGUUCGGAGAGAAGUUCCGGGAGGGGAGAAAGGGCGAGACAGUGUCCUGGGGAGGCUGCACUUGGCCUGUGUGACCUUCGCUAAGGUCUUUCCCCUCUCUCCGAGCCCCACCCUCUUCACUGCCAAAGAACAGAGCUUUCUGUGGAGUGAGAAGAAGAGCCCAACUUGUGGGGUGCGAGGAAGCUAGGAAGGGGAGAUCCCCAGGGUUGGAGCUGUCUGACCCUGGGUGGAAGCUCAGAGGCUAGUUAGUAGGCACUGCAGGGUGCCAGGGUAAGGGAGGGAGUCUUCUGUCACCCCUGACUCCCACCACCUGUGUCAUCUCCAUGUGUGACUCCUGGGAGCUGCUGUGUCUCUGGCCCAGGAUGAAUGUGCCUCUUGGCCUUCCUGGACUGUCCAGAAGGCUGGGGUGCUGGGCUCCAGAUGCUCUCCCUCCCUGCAACACCCUCACUGCUAGAAUGCCCCAGGACCCCUCUGACAUGUGGGAGAGGAGGAAUGUUUAGGAAACCAGCAGGGACAUGUGAGAACCAGGGAACCGGGGGAUGUCCCUUAGCCCUGAGCAAGUAGGCAGCGCUCUGGCUAGCACUUAUGUCCACUGGUAUCCAACCAUAGAAGUCGUAGGCAGAUUGUGGCAGAGGUACAUAGAGGAGCUCAGGUUGGUGCAAGAAACUGGGACGACAAAUUGCCCUCAAAGCACACAGCAGCAGGGAGCCAUUGGUGUUCCCUGGGCCUGGCAGUAAAAUGCAAGGAACAGUGGCCAGAGACUGGCUGGGGAAGGCAGGACCUGGGGGCCUCUCUGGAGGGACACAGCCACAGCCACCAUGGUCCAGGCAUCAGGGUGCUGGAUAUGGCGUGGACUUGCCCCUUUCUGCUGUGGCCAGGGAGGUCAGGUCAGCCUCCUGGGGCCCAGAGCCAGGUGCAGAGUAAAUCUGGCCAAUGAAGGACAUCUGCAGUGCCUGGGCUCCUGCCUCCUCCUUCCCCUCAGGGGCUGUAGAAAGCUGUACAUUUCCCUGAUUCUCUUGUAGCUAAUGUUCCAGGUUGUGGGGGUUAAUAAGGCCCUGUGGAUAAAGCCUUAGCCCAGGAUGGCACCCACUGCUCCAGAAAGUUGAGCCUGCAGGUGUCCACCACAUUCCCCAUUGGGCCCCCAGGUCCUUCCCCAGGGAAGGCACCCCCAGGACAGCCCCACCCUGUGACCCCUGCUAGUUGCCAAGGCAGCACCCACAGCUGUAUCUUGGAUCCUCUCACUGAAGCCUGUCAGCCCGUAGCUCAUGGGCCCCCGAAGAGCAGCACAGCUUCCACACAGAGCACAGAGGCCUCAAGGAGGCCCCUGGUCCUCUGCUAAAAGGCUGCAGAGCCCUCAAGAGAGUGGUCUCCCUGGCCUGACCUCAUUCAAUAAGGCAGGAGGUGUAAUCAGAAGCCUGAGGACUUGCCAGUCCUCAUCCUGCAGGGGAAGUGCCGCACCCUAGGCAGGACCUGCCCUCCAGAGGCAGAGAAAGGACAAAGGGGAUAGGAGGGGCAGCCUGCGAGGGAGGGCUGAGUUUGGGAUGUGGCCCCAGGAGCCUGUGCUACUGACUGGCCAGGGUGGCCUCCCCUGCCACUGCAGCUAUAAAAAGUCCUCCUGAAUCCUGCUCCCCUGCUGACGCGUCAUCAUGAAGGCUGUUCUUGCCCUACUGGCCAUUGCCCUGGCCCUGCAGCCAGGUGCUGCCCUGCAGUGCUACUCUUGUACUGCUCAGAUAAGCAACCAGGACUGCCAGAAUGUGCAGAACUGCAGUCAGAAAGAGACCUACUGCUGGACGUCACGUGUCCGUGCCAUCGGGGUCCUGAAGCUUAUCAGCAAGGGCUGCACCUCUGAGUGUGUGGAUGACGCAGACAACUACUACGUGGGCAAGAAAAACAUCACCUGCUGCACCACUGACCUGUGCAAUGCCAGCAGGGGCUAUGCCCUGCAGCCAGCCACCACCGUAGGGGUGCUCACAGUGCUCAUUGGCCUGCUACUGUGGGGUUCCGGGCAGUUGUAGGCUUUAGGGGCAGUGGUCCCCUAGCUCUGGCCUUCCUGGCCCAGGCCCUGAGUGCACCCCACACAGUUCUGCCCUGACCUGCCCCUCCUGUGACUCUCUCCAGGACUCCUACCCAACAUCUAUCCACUCCAGUGACAGGAACAGUCUGCAGCUGCCAGUAUCCCAAUGGGCCCUUCAUCUCUGAUCAGGCGUCUCCUUCUCCAGGAUGCCUUUCCCUCGACCCCAUCCAGGGGCUGAGCCAAGUCUGAGUGGAGCGGUUGAGAAGAGAGGGGUUGGUUGGGUAGCAGUGGGAGCUGGAGGUGAGGCCCUGGAAAGGACCUGGAGGACAGCAGCCCCCACUCAGUGGCCCUUAAUAAACACCUUUUGGGUAAGUGGGAGAGAGCCUCUGUCCUUCCCCCAGUCCCUGGUAUGGGUCAGAUUGGGGCAGGGGCUGGGGCUAUGUCUGGUAUGGAUGUGCCUUUGACAUCAGAGCUGUAGUGCUGGCCUUG